AUGGACGCCGAGCAGCUCCCCUUGGUGCACCGCGACGGCUCUGGCCCCGGCGCUGGAGCCAGCAGCAGCGACUCGCUGCAGCAGCAGCUCUCCAGCUACCACGAGCGCCAGCGCGCGCGCCAGAAGCGGCGCCACCGCUCCAAGACUGUGGGGCGCGCCACCGUGGGCUUCCUGGCCGCCUCGCUGCUCGCGCUGCUUCUGGUGGCGCUCUCGUGGCCGGCGCAGCGCAAUGAGCGCGCGCUGGAGCUGCGCGCGCUGCUGGACGCCUACGAGCACGCGCGCAACUUCUCGGGCGUCGUGCGGCUGAGCCACAACGGCCAGAAGAAGCUACAGCAGGCCAUGGGGCUCGCCAACGUGCCGUUCGCGCAGCCCAUGCACGAGCACAGCGUCUUCCCCAUGGGAGCGCACGUGCAGCUGCUCACGGCUGUAGCCAUGUACCAGCUGCAGGAGAAGCGUGUCGUGGCGCUCGAGCGGCCUGUGGCCGAGUAUCUGACGGUCAAGGACUGGAAGGAGUUCGGACUCGAGAGGAACCAGACUGCGUGGUGCCCCAAGGUCGGUACGGCCGGCGACUGCGAGCAGGUGACGUUCCAGCACUUGCUGUACAUGGGCUCGGGCAUCCAGAGCAGGGAGACGACAAGCGUGCAGACGUUGGAGACGUUGGGGUCCUUCGGUCGACAGGUCGGACAUUUCAUCGACGCCCCGCUGGCGUUCAAGCCCGGCACGAGCUACAAGUACGCGGACGAGAACUACGUGCUGCUUGCGUACAUGGUGGAGAAGCUGAGCGGACUGUCCUUCGGAGAGUACCUGGACAAGCACGUGUUCAAGGUGCUGGGCCUGAAGCUCACGCGGUUCGAUCCGUACGCGGGGGCUCUGGGAACUCGACAUGGACUUGUGGACCAGUACGUGCAGUUCUACGCGCAUCGCAAGCCGAACGUCAGUGAGAGUGAGAGUGAGAGUAGCAGUAGCAGCUCGAGUGGACCUGACCAGAUCGCGGAGAAGCAUCUGCAUCACAUGGCGACGGGAUCGUGCGCCAUCUACCAGGGACUCGACAACAGUCUUCACGGGUUGCAGUCCACUGGCAAGGACAUGCACAAGAUCUACACGGACCUCUUCCACGAGCGCGGCCACCACUCGAAGCUUCUGAUGCCCAAGUCGAUCGAGCAGAUCCUCAACACUCGCAACCCAGAGUUCCCCGCGUUUGGGCAAGGAAUUGGCGUCGAUUUCGAAGAGACCCCUCAACCAGCGGCGUGGCCCGCAAAGAUCGCGUUCUGUGGUCGCACGGCCUGCACGACGACCUGCAUGGCGAUGCAGAUACCCGCAGCCAACAUGUCCAUCGUCGCCAGCGCGUUCAGCAACGACGUGCGUCUGUACUUCCCGACUGUCGACGCGUUCCAGGUGUACACACCGCGUGAUUUCCUCGAUAAGCGCGAUACUGCAGUCGACAAGAACGCGUUCAAGAAGAACGACGGUGAGGUGAACACGUUGGCGUGGAGCUUGCUGCAAGUUUUUCUACGAUACUACGCAGCCCCCGAUAAGUGA